GAGUCACCACUGAUGAAUGCAGUUUCGGAACCACAGCAGGGCGGUGGCAGCAGCUCAGGAAGCAGCCCGGGUAACUCCAUCAGGGCUUGUAAGAAGGUUCUUCGCAGCAAUAGCCUGCUGGAAUCAACAGACUACUGGUUGCAGAAUCAGAGGACACCCUGCCAAAUUGGUUUUGUGGAAGACAAAUCUGAAAACUGUGCUUCUGUCUGCUUUGUGAACCUGGAUGUAACCAAGGAUGAAUGCAGCCCAGAGCACCUGCAGCAGAAAUUGGUCAACAUUUCACCAGAUCUUCCAAAACUUAUCAACUCCAUGAAUGUUCAACAGCCAAAAGAAAAUGAAAUUGUCCUCUUAAGUGGGUUAGCAUCUGGGAAUCUCCAGGCAGAUUUUGAAGUUUCACAGUACCCUUGGCUGCCAGAUAUCUGCUUGGUCCAGUGUGCAAGAGGGAACAAAGCAAACAGUACCAAUUGCAUCAUCUUUGAAAUCAACAAAUUUUUGAUUGGUCUGGAACUAGUACAGGAGCGGCAGCUCCACCUGGAAACAAACAUCUUGAAACUGGAGGAUGACACAAACUGUUCCUUGUCCUCAAUUGAGGAAGACUUUCUCACCGCUUCUGAGCACUUGGAGGAGGAAAGCGAGGUGGAAGAAUACAGGAAUGGUUAUGAAAAUAUAAAUGUUUCAGCUAAUGUUUUGGAAAGUGAAAAACCAAAGGAAGCUACCCAAGAGGAAUGGAAUUACAAUCAGGAAAAGUUGAUUUGUGCCUUGGAAGACAACUGCAUUAGCAAAUAUCACACAGCGUUGAUUAAAGCAGAACGAUCUCUGGAAGAUGUAGUAGACAACACUGACUUGCAGAGUCUAAAUCCCUCAGCCAAGCCACCACAGUGGAAAGGUGUAGCUGCGGGGAGUGAGAGGACAGCCACAAAUUAUCGUUAUUCAGAACAUUUUAAAGGUCAAGUGGAAAAAUCCCAGGCACUGUAUAAUCCGAAUGAUGCUUAUUCCUCCACGAUGGUUAAGAAAGGUAUGCCUUCCGCAUGUGGCACUUUCACUGAGCAGGGCAGCAACUCAGACCCAGAAGACCAUGAAAACACUAGAAACUAUCUUCCUCCUAUACAAAAUGGAAAAGCCGUGACGGGCGAAUAUGCUACAAAUUUAGCAGAAUCCGUGCUGCAAGAUGCAUUUAUUAGAUUAUCUCAGUCUCAGCCUACACUACUCUGGGAACCUGCAGUCAGUGUCCCUGUAGAAAGGGCCCUACUUCCCAGUAGCUGUUCCACAAAAGAUAUAGUGGACUCUCAGUCAUGGAAUGAGCUCCCCAAAAUCGUCAUCGUUCAGAGUCCAGACGGCAGCGAUGCUGUCCCUGAGCCAGGCAUCUCCUCGUGGCCCAAGAUGGAAGCCUCUGUUGAAACCCCAGGUGUCCUCCCUGGACAGAACUCCAGCAGUCAUCCCCAGAGUGCUCUAGAAGUAGCGUUAGCUUGUGCAGCCACUGUGAUUGGAACCAUUUCCAGUCCACAAGCCACAGAAAGACUCAGAUUGGAGCAAGAAUCCCUGGUAUCAAACUGUCCACUGGGAGGCAAUGAAGCACCGCAAACUCGAACAUACCCAGUCCUCCAGGAACCUUCCAUCAGCGAAUACUCCUUUCCAUCUGCUUUGUGUGGCAUGACUCAGGUGGCAAGUGCCGUUGCUGUCUGUGGCCUGGGUGAAAGAGAAGAGGUGACAUGCCCUAUGGCUCCAAGUGGCUUCUUGCCUACAACUGAGGUUUCUGAAGCAAUCCCCCCACUUUGUAGUUUUGCAGCAGGGAGGAGCAUGGAGCUGGAGAAGGAAGCCAUUGCAGAGGGAUUGCUUAAGGAGGCCGCUCUGGUUUUAACAAGGCCUAAUACCUACAGCAGCCUUGGAGACUUCAUGGACUCCAUGAACAGGAGGUUCGUAGAAACUGCUUCAAAGCCUCAGACUCUGUGCUCAGAAAAUGUCCUCAGGAAUGAACUGGCCCAGACCCUGUCCCAUGUGAUCCUGAAGCAUUCCAUUGAUGAAGUUCACCAGAAAAAUAAAAUGAUCGACCCCGGCAAUGACAGGCAUUCAUCUGAAACUCUGGACACCUUAAUGGAAAGUGUAAAUCAACUGCUCUUCAGUGUGAUAUGUUUCACGUUCAAGAAGAUGAGCCAUAUCGCCCGGCUUGGUGAAUGUCCCACUGCCCUUUCUAAGGAGACCAUUCAGUGGAGGAAGACAGAACUAGGCAGCCAGCCAUCAGGUCAAGCUGCUAAUCAAGCAUGGACAGAAGCCACUGAACACUCCAGCAGGCACCCACUUAGCACAGCACGCAGCGGUGGUCUCCUCAUCAGUGAUUUUGUGCAAGACAGCAAUGGCUUAUUGGAGCGGGGCCUCUUCAGGAACCCUACACUGCAAUCUGAGGUGUCAUGUAGUCACAGAGUCCCUGAUUCUUCCACUGCUAAAACAUCUCCCAAAGAUAUAUAUCUGAAAGGAACAGUGGCAGAGGAUACGGAAACCCCUCAUCAGUCACCCAGCCACUGCGAGAAUGAAGGCAGGGCCUCUUGCAGAGCAGAGAGUGCACUGACAGUCAGCAAGUGCAGACGCAGCUCCCAGGGUGCUGAGGACAGUAUCACCCCAGACACCCAGGAGAAGUGCAAUUGUGCCACACCUCUGAACAACGAAGCCCAAGUUCAUCUGUCCCUGUUAGGGGAUGACAUGCCGCUUCCUGCUCAGUCCAUGCUGCAAGCGAAGCACGCCGGCGUCUACUGCAUUACAGACUUUGCCGAGGAAUUAGCAGAGACGGUCGUCUCCAUGGCAACUGAGAUGGCAGCAAUUUGCCUUGACAACUCCAGUGGAAAACAACCCUGGUUUUGUGCAUGGAAAAGAGGGAGCGAGUUUCUGGUUACACCAAACGUGUCAUGCCGGUCCUUGAAGAGAAAGAAGGAAAGCCAGGCUGGUGGGGCCGCUGUGAGGAAACACAAGCCCCCCCGGCUCAGUGAGAUCAAGAGGAAGACGGACGAGCACCCCGAACUGAAGGAGAAGCUGAUGAACAGGGUCGUGGACGAGUCUCUGAACCUGGAGGACGUCCCAGAUUCUGUCAAUGUUUUCGCAAAUGAAGUGGCAGCCAAGAUCAUGAACCUGACGGAGUUCUCCAUGGGGGACGGUGUGGGGCAAGCCCAGGGCUAUCCCCGGAAUCGGUUCCUGGGGGGCUGCGACAGGUGGAACCGGCUGAAGGCCUCCAGCUGUGAAAGCAUCCCAGAGGAGGACUCGGAGGCCAGGGCCUUCGGAAACGGCCUGGGGUUAAUGAGCACCUUAAGCCAGCCGGUCAGCAGAGCCAGCUCAGUCUCCAAACAGUCCAGCUGCGAGAGCAUCACGGAUGAGUUUUCCAGGUUCAUGGUGAACCAGAUGGAAAACGAAGGGAGAGGAUUUGAGUUACUGCUGGAUUACUAUGCGGGCAAGAAUGCCAGCAGCAUUCUGAGCUCAGCAAUGCAACAAGCGUGCCGGAAAAAUGACCACCUGGGCGUGCGGUCGAGCUGCCCCUCCAAGCAGUCCAGCACAGAGAGCAUCACGGAGGAGUUCUACAGGUACAUGCUGAGGGACAUGGAGAGAGAAAGCAAAGAUAGCCCCUCCUCCAGACGAAGCAGCCACGAUUGGACGGCUGGCUUGCUGUCUCCCUCCCCGCGAUCCCCAUUGUGCUGCAGACAGUCGUCCAUGCCCGAUAGCAGAUCCCCAUGCUCCAGGUUAACAGUGAACGCACCCAUCAAGGCCAACUCCUUAGACAGCUUUGCUCAAAACUGCCUGCAACAUUUCCUCAGCGUGCAGCCAGUCAGCAGCGCUUCCUCAUCGGGUCUUUGCAAAUCUGACUCUUGCUUGUAUCUAAGAGGUGGGACCGACCAGAUCACAAACAUGUUAAUUCACGAAACGUGGGCCAGCUCAAUUGAGGCCCUCAUGCGCAAGAACAAAAUUAUCGUGGAUGAGGCAGAGGCAGCUGAUGCUGAGCCUAAUUCUGGUGGCUGUCCCUUGCAAGUGGAGAUUUGUGCAAACAGGUUAGCUGCGAGCAGAGUUCACAGUGGGCCAACUCUGCUUGUUCAGGAGUCUGUCGGGGAAACGAGGAGAGACUCUGUUACCGAAAUCAAACAUCCCCCACUGUCGUCUCCGAGCAAAACCUCUCCUCUUACAAACCACAACAGUUUCGAUUCUAAACAAGAAACUUCCUCGUGCUGUGACGUUGUCCCUCAAAACCGCACCAGGCUGUCACUUUGCUCAAGGGAAGUGCCUUUGAUUCAGAUCGAAACAGAUCAAAGAGAAGAGUGUGUUGGAGAACCUGAACCCUUUCUUUCCAAAAGCAGGCCCCUAGGAGAAGCAGAAGAGCGUCUGCAUAAGGAAAAAGCCCCAGAUGUAGCAAAGGGUGGAGAAACAGUUGUGAGCGACUGUCAAAACUGUAGUGACAGCCUUGAUGACAAAGAUAUACCAGAGGCUGAAGUCCCCAUGGAAGCCAGGGCUCCAGAUGAGUUUCCCAGCCCUCCCAGCAGCAGCGAAGAGAGCACAGGCAGCUGGUCCCAGCUUGCCCACGAGGAGGACCACCCGGAUGAUGCAAGUAGCUUUCUGCAGCUCAGUGGGCGAUCCAUGAGCAAUGGCAACAAUAGUGCCCCUAGCAGUCUUGGCAUUAUGGACCUGGACACUUAUCAGGAAAGCAUGCCAUCUUCUCCCAUGAUUAAUGAAUUAGUAGAAGAAAAGGAGAUUCUUAAAGGACAGUCAGAAAACAUAGAGGCACGUGCCUCUGGACUCCCAGUGGGAACAACCAGCCACCAGAGGAGCCUGCUGGUGAUCAACUUUGACCUGGAGCCAGAGUGUCCCGAUGCCGAGCUUCGAGCCACUCUGCAGUGGAUAGCUGCCUCUGAACUUGGGAUUCCCACCAUCUACUUUAAGAAAUCUCAGGAAAACAGAAUUGAAAAGUUUCUAGAUGUCGUGCGGCUGGUUCAUCAGAAGUCCUGGAAAGUGGGCGAUAUCUUUCAUGCAGUUGUCCAAUACUGCAAAAUGCAUGAGGAACGGAAGGAUGGGACCCUGAGUCUCUUUGACUGGCUCUUAGAACUGGGAUAAGGCAGCUUCACCCCAUAGAGAUUCCUUUCCUUUAUUCUGGCUUAGAUUACAGUGGUUUACUAUAAAUGCUCUAAACUUUCUCAAAACAUUGCAUCACAUUAGCAGAGCUAUAAAAAAUCUGCUGCUGAAGUCCACUGCACAUGGAAUAAAUCUGAGGAAAAGCCAAAUACAGGUCUCUACAAAUUAAUACAAUCUGUGGGUAGGUUCAAAAAAGCUUGUAUUAGAAUACCUGGUUAAAGAGAAACUUUAAUGAGGUCCUAGUUAGAACUAGGCCCAAACUGCAAGAAAGCUGCACUCACAUAUUUUUAAUAAUGUGAAAUGAUAUGUAAUGUCUCUAAUUAUGUGAAUCCACUGCAAACAAACUCAUUCAUCAAAAUAAUUUUAUAAACUAUGCUGUAACCUUUAUUUUACUUUUCUUAGCAGAUUAAGGGCUGCCAGCCCAGGGAAAUAUAUAAGAUAUGAGUGAGAGAUUUCCAGGUCUUUAUAUAAAAGAUUUCCACUUUCAGACCAGUAUCAGUGGAUAUUAACAGAAGUGAACAAGUAUACCAGUGUCCUCAACUGAGGUGAUUUCAUUUUUUCACUGCAGCCCAGUGAUAAAUAUCCCACUUCUCCCCAACAAUAUGUGAGCUGCUAGCUAACCAGAAAACUUUCGACAUUCAGCUGAGAGAGAGGAAGAUUGAAAACUGUCUUCUUUCCGUCACUAUAUUACUUGAGUAACAUGAUUACAGAAUUCUUAUCCUAAGGGAAAGCUUUCUUACUAAAAAGAAAAAAAAAAAGAGUCUUUUGAGAUAAAAUCUGCUUGUGUAUUGAAUUACAUGAAAUAAAAACUUUCAUUUAUUUUAUUGUAAAUUAUGAAAAGAUUGUUAUCUUAAAUAAUAUACUGAGUUAGCUUAGAGGUUCAUAAAACAUGAAGAGAUUGUUGUCUUAAGUCAUAUACUGACACUGAGCUCAGUGGCUCGUUUCAUCAUGAACGUGUUGGUACCCAUAGGCAGACAUGCUACUCCUAUGACAUUUAUAAUGAGGGAAACAGGGUAAUAGUCUUGUGUUUUACAUGACCAGUUAGGAUCAUAGA